AUGGAUAUGGUAAUAGAUGUUGCAGAAAUUACCAAUGUUUUUAUUAGUGAUAGUGUAUUGAAGGUGGAACUCCCACAUCCUCUAGAUGUAGGAAUAGGUGAAGAGCCAAAUCCAGACGAAAUUGAUGACAAUGAACCUAAUGGUGAAAAUGAUGACAGGGAUGCAAAUAGGAAUGAAGUUGAUGAUGUAAAUGGGGAUAAACAUACGGGUGGGGGUGGUGAAAAUGAUGACAAUUUUAUGGUUUCAGUUCUAAGAUGA